AAGGAAUUCAUUAGUUUCCUGAGGCUUUUAUCAUAUUGGUUUAUUUCGAACAAUUCCUGAAGAUAAUGUAACGUGGCGGUAGGAUAAAGUUGUCACCAUGUUUGAGGGUGCUGUCGCCGGUAUUCUGAACCGUCUUCUGGGGAAGUACGUUCAAGAUUUGGACACCGAGAACCUGAACGUCGGCAUAUUCUCAGGAAAUGUCAACCUGACUGAUUUGAAACUGAAGCCUGAAGCAUUGUAUGAAUUAGAUUUACCCAUCGAUGUAAAAAUCGGCACAAUCGGUAAAAUCAAUUUACAAAUACCAUGGACUGGGCUCUACACUCAACCGGUUCUGGUUCACAUCGAAGACGUGCUCAUCCUGGUCGGCCCAGCAAUAUCCAACAGCUACUUCGACCCUGAACGGGAGCGGCGCCUCACGAGAGCUGCCAAACGCAAGAUCUUACAAGACCUUGAAGCCGAGAGCGAGGUGCUGAAGGGACCUCAAAAUUUUUUCGAGAGUUUGUUCACGGCUAUCGUCAAUAACCUUCAGAUCUAUGUGAGGAAUAUCCACGUGAGAUAUGAAGACUCUAUCAGCUCCAAAGAUGGGCCGCUGGCGUGUGGCCUGUGUUUGCAGAGUUUGUCCAUUGAAACGACUAAUAGCAAAUGGAAACCCUCAGUGACACCAGCGAAUGCUUCCACUGUAUACCAGAUGAUGAAGAUUGAGUCCCUCUCCAUGUACUGGAACCCCACAGCCACUGCUCUGGAUGACGUGGAGAUCGCCAACAUAACCCCGAUGCAGUAUUACAACUGGAAGCACUACAUGCUGACUGGCUUGGACAAGUUCUCGAUGCAUCAUGAGGAGUUUGAGUUUUUAUUCAAACCAGUUACGUGUAAGGUGAAGGUUCUGAUAAACCGAUCCGGAGAGGCGAGGGUUCCGAGGCUGCUGGUGGAUGCUGUACUGCAAGACAGCGCUCUGCAGCUCUCCCGGAGACAGUUCCUGUCCAUUGAUAACCUCAUGUCUUCGUUCCAACGAAUUCAGUUGAACAGGAAAUACCGCCACCUACAUCCUGGCGUUGCGUUGUCAAAAGACAUCAAGAAAUGGUGGCGUUACGCCUACAACGUGGUGGUGGAACAGAGGGUAAGACCGUACACCUGGACUGCCAUUAAGAGGCACCGAGAGAAUUACAAUGUGUACAAGAAAACAUACAAGAGUCUGCUGCGCAGUCCAAACGACGUGGAACUCAAGUUGGAUUUGCAGAAAUGCGAGGAUAACUUGCCGAUCAUAUCCGUGGUAAUCGCGCGGGAGCAGGCUAAGUUUGAACUUUUAGCACAGGAGCCAGACAGAAUAGAGGUGGUAGAAUCUGAAUUUGACUGGUGGAGGCCUCUGACAGGAUCUGACGUGGACAGUGAUUGUGACGAGGGUAGAGUGGAGCUGUGUGUUAAGACUGAGAGGAACAAGAGUCUGUGGAGUCACCUCUCCAGUCCUGAGAAGAAAAAGGUCUGUGAGAUGAUCGGGUAUGCAGAAGGAGGGCCCAGGCAGGAUAAAUCGAAACAAUACAUAGAACACAAAAUAAAUUUGACGCUAUCAAACUGCUCGGUGACGCUGAUGAACAGGAGUAAAGAGGUGCUGGUUGUGACUCUCACGCAGUUCCUGGCUUCGUUGGAGACGAGACCUUCUGCUAAAGCGUACAAGCUGUCAAUCCGUACGGACAACUUGGUGAUAGAGGGCCUGUCUGCUGACGGAGAGCUGGUGCAUCUGCUGCGGACGGUGCGGGAGUCCUCGCUGGGCACCUCCGUCGCCCUCGACGUGGAACGGAACCCCAGCAACUCGCACGCUGACCUGGGGGUUAACUGUCUCAUGGAGCCGCUCGAGAUUGUAUAUGUUGAGCACGCAAUAACGGAGCUGAUCAACUUCUUCCAAACGCAUUCGAUGACGUCACAGCAGCUUCUAGAAGAAGCCGCGCUGGCGUUGGAGCAUGCUGCCGCCAUCACCAAGCCGGUUCUGGUGUAUGCCAUCAGCAGGAAGAAGGUGUUCAGUCUGAACGUGGACGUCAAAGGACCGUGUCUUAUUGUGCCUGAACACGGCUGCUUGCAUAAACCAGGUCGUGUGCUGGUGUUGGACGUGAACAGGAUCCUCGUGAAGACAGACCUGCAGCCGCAGAACCUGGUGCUGGAAGACGCGACCUGCAUGGAACUUGAGGAGAAGCUGUACGAUCGCUUCCACGUAGAAUGCUCAUCGCAGAUAUUAUUCUGCGCUUGGAACGAAGAAUGGCGGGAGUCACGGAAACUUGGAGACUCGGAGAUGCAUCUUAUUCCGCGUGUUAAGGCACAGCUGGUUUUCUCCACUAGUAUCAAGAAGGACUAUAAACUAUUACCCAGAUAUAAACUAAAUUUAUCUCUGUCGAAUAUAAAACUGAACCUAUCGGAUCGAAUCAUCGCGGCCAUUUUGGAUUUCGCUGACAACCUGCCCAUUCCCGUGCCCAACACUGUGCCGGUGUCAUUCAUGGACUCUUGCGACUACACCGAAGAGUUCGAAGAUCCUGAGAUAGCGGAGAGCCUGAAAAUAGAUAGAGUGACAGCCGAUCCCGGUUAUGGCGAGCUGGUUAAGUUGAGACAGAAAAUUGUCGCGACUUACUUUAGCAGAAAGAACGUCCGAGAUACACAAGUUGACGGAGAGCAUCUUCACUCUCCGACAGCAGACUCUCUCCCUCCGACGGACAUCAGCGACGAGGAUGUGGAAGAAUACGCGAGAUCCGUGGAUUUACCUGGUUUCGAUGACAAUGUAUCGCCUAGUAAUAACAUUAAGAUGUUACUGAGAUUUGUUAUCGGUGAAAUAGUAAUAAACCUAAAUCGGUCGUGCGAGCAAGUGGACCGGGCGUACGUAAUGCUCAGCAUCACUAAGGUAUGCCUGGACAUCGCGAUGAUGGCGUACGGACCGGCCGUCCAACUGUCAGUGGGCUCCGCCUUGCUGACCGACAAGCAACACCACAGCAGCACUGGCCAGUAUCUGGAGCUGCUCACCACUUCUGGAGAACUCUUCAAUUUGCUCUACAGAAAGGUUCGAGCCAAUUGUCCGGAGUUCCGAUCACACUUCCACAACGUGGAACAGGCCCUGGUGGCAGACACCGGCGAAGUCCACAUCCUCGCGCACGCUGCAGCUUUAGCUACACUCAUUAAAUACAUUCAGUAUAUCCAAUUCAAAGUUAAGGACCGUCACGCGCUGAACAUCAGAAGCGUGCUGGCGCCUCGCUCACAGCGACUGUGGGACUUGCUGAUGAAGCCUGAAAUUGAUCCCCCAGUACCACCCGGAGCUACGAAGUUCAGCUACUCUAUGCGUGUGACGGGAGUAACGGUUCGCGCUUGGCAAGGCGAGGGUUCGGCUGUGGAGUGGCGCAUCAGGGCGCUGGAGAGUGACUGUGUGUUCCGCGCCAACGACCGCCUGAUAUUCAAGCUGUACCUGGGCUCGUUGCAGCUGGAUGACCUGUCAGAGGCCACACUUUACUCUAAGCUAAUUUGGCCAGACGAGGACAAAGUAUUGGAGAUGAAGUACGUUCGGUCUUCUGCUGGACUCGGCACCAGGCCGCGAGCUGAGCUUCGGAUCUAUAUCGGUCGACUUCACGUCGUGCUGUUCUGCUCAUUUAUAUACAGUCUGCAGCAAUUCCUGGAGUCCGUCUUGCCCAGCAGUCAGUGUGGUGCCGCGGGCGUCAUGAGCGAAGCCGCGCUGGAGCGAGCUGCCAGAGAAGACAUCAGGACAUCGCCACUGAAGUUGAGCCUGGCUAUCGAGAUCCACGCUCCUGUAUUACUUUUACCGCAGAAGCCGUCAUCGCCGAAUCUGUUAGUGUUAAAUUUGGGAGAUUUGCUGGUUGAGAAUUUUUUCAAGACGGUGAACAUGAGCUUGGACGCGAGCAGCUCCAUCCCGAGUCCGGUCAUAGACAACGUUCUGUUCAAACUGGACAAUGUCACGCUGUCUCGAGCUGUCAUGACGCUCGCGGGGACGCUAGAAGUGCAGGAGCCGAUACUAGAGCCGGUAUCAGUCCGGUGCGAUCUGAAGCGGACAGUUGGCUACGCGCAGGUGGCGACCCUGGCCGCCUGCCGAGACUUGUUGCUGUGCGAGGCUGACAUCGUGAUGGACACGGUCAAAGUCCACUUGGGACAGAAGGAUCUGGCGACUUUAUUCGCGGUGUGGACUGACAAUCUGAGCGAGGGGAAUUAUAUAGGUAUAUUUGUACCUAGUUCACCGGUAGAGCUAGCGCCCUCUGAAUUGCAAGUUAGGAAACUACAGGCUUUCUUUGCCCAGGGAGAGCCUGUGCGUAAGGAAUCAUUGUUAAGGUUCACCUUAGAAGGUAUCGAGGUAAACUUAUUCUCCGACAUCGAUGAAGUGUUGAGCUCACCCGUGAGGGACUUGAGCCACGGUCUGGCCAAGCUGACGAGCGGUGAAGCAUCGCUGGUGAUCUAUUACUUCUCUGAUGAUAGUGUGGAGAUGAAAGCGAGUUUGCACAGCCUUUUGGUGGAGGAUGUCCGACCUGAUUCGACCGUCGUGAUCAGGAGAAUAUUCCAAUCCCAAAGCGGCGGUAGUCGGUCGUCUUGUGGUAUAGCCGUGGUCCGACCAGCGCUACUUGAGCUCUCGCUGCGGCGCUCCAGUAAGGGAGCGAGUGUGGAUGUAAGAGUGGACAGGACCAGGCUUAAUUUGGCACCAGCUUUCUUGAUCUCUCUCGCUAGAACCCUCUUAAGCGCUAUGCCUGGUGACAAGCGUAUGGAAGGUGGCGUGAUAAACCACGGAUACGUAGGUGAUCCCCCGCAGCGGAACAACAACAGAACACGCCGGGACCCCAGCACCAGUGACUCUACCAGCGGAUACUACUCCACAGCUACACCAAUAUCAGAAGAAAUGCCAAGUCUCUCCAUAUCGAUACAAUGCCGCCAACCUGAGAUAAUGUUCUUCACUGACCUCAACAAGUCAGAAGGGCACGCAUUACUGCUGAGAACGGAGUUUCUCCUGGACUAUUCUUUUCACUCGAACACUGAGAAUCUUGUGAUAUCUCUAGCCGGGCUCCAAGUGAUGUCCAAAUUGCAGUCGAAAUUGAAGAAUCUGCCGCCCCAAUUGGUGCUGAAACCGUGUGAUGUUGAGAUAUCGAAGAGCUUCAAAAGUUUGGAGGAGGGAGUUAAAGUCCAGUUUUCCGUUUCGGAGAUCAAUGUUCACGUUGCUGCGACCACAGUACACACUAUUAUGGAUAUAAUAGAUGAAGUGACAUCAGAACUCGCCAUACCAGACGAGAAAGAAUUUACUUUCUCUUCAUUCAACCCUCAGUCGGAGAGACAGGACGAGGAUCUCUGGUCGCCGCGAAAAAUUGCCCCGUGCGUGUACAAUCAUGACGAUUUAUAUUCAACACCAAAGUACCCCAGCGGUAGGCCGAUGGAGACACUGAUCGCGAGUGUACCACUCGUCAGGAUCGUGUUCGAACUGGAGCAAGUUACUAGGAUACCAAUAUUGUUGAUUAAGAUGUCAUCGGAUAUAACUCUGAUGGAUUGGUCUGGCGAGGUACGUGGGAGCGGUGCUUUGCGAGUCCAGGCCAGUGUGUACAACGAGCGACUGGACGUCUGGGAGCCGCUAUUGGAGCCUGCCAUUCAAGACAACAGACAGACGCCCUGGCUACUCACUGCCCAGGUGUUUCAGGGUAAAUCAUACCCAAUGUCGGCGCGACCUUCGAAUGAUUCAGAACAAACAGAAGUGGACCACGUAGAAGAUACUAAACGGAAGAAACGGGACUUCGGUUCGGAAACUUCAGCAGAUGAGGCUGAUACUGACAACGAGAUGACGUUCAUCCGCAACCCCAGCGGCAAGGAGAAGGGCUACCAUGUGGAUCUAGACACUGGUAGCUCAUUCUUGAAAGCUCUGGAUGGUGAUGAAUCUGAUUCUGAAAAUGAGGGGAGAGACAAGAUGUCAUAUGCUAUGGGACAUUUGUUUGUUGAGAGUGAAUCAAGUGCUGAAGACGUCAGCAAUGAUGCCGACUCAUCAGCUCCAGAACAAAGUGACAAAGAAGACGAGGAAAUGCCAGAAACUUAUAUUGAUGCUGAUGAAAAGAGAGAUGAGAAAGCUGUUACAUUACAGGAGCCUGAACACGAAGACAGCGUGGAAUCAUCGAUCGACGAGACCUUAUGUACGUACGUUUCGCUGGAGGCUCGCUCGCCAUUGUCUAUCACCAUCACGCCGGCCGCAGCGCGCGCACUCUGGGCACUUUCUGAAGCCAUCAGCGACAGAACUGCGGCUGUCACUGCCAUAGUCGCCGCUGACGACGGCCUGCAACUCGUCAAUGACAUAGGACCCGGCGCAUCAGUACAGCUCCGCUGCAGAGGAGCUUCUGGUUCUGACAAGGUUCUUGCUGUAGCGGACUAUGAUGUGGACUCUAGCCGACCCAGUACACCAGGCUGCGACACAUCCAGUGCAGAUUUGUUGGAUGAAGACGAGAAGGAAUCCAAGCGUGAGAUGACAGACAUAAGUGAUGAAUGGGACUGUUUCGAGGGCGGAUUCCCCGCGACGCAGACAGGAGAUGUGGAUGCGGGCGAAGCACGUCGCAUCUCCCCAGGCGCUCCGCCAUCGCCGCGGGCCCUCAAGGAGAAACUAACACAGAUGUCGCUCGCUAUCACGGUGCAAGACUUCGAUCCCCUCACGAUUCUAUGUCCCCAAAGAUCGGUGGCAAAACUCCAUGUGUUGCACCCCAGUAAGAACAACACGCGAUACUAUUUGCUGGUGGAGAGAACAUCACAGUAUAACAGCAAGAAAAUUGUGCUCAGAUCUCCGUUGCAGAUUCGUAACGAGACAUCAUACGCGCUCGAGGUUUUGUACCUACAGUCAGAGCUGGAAGCGGCGGGAGUGACCUGCGUGGGCUCCGUACGGAACCCGUUCUGCGGCCUGCUGAGGUUGGCAGUACUGGCUCCGGACGAUACCUACAACGUGCCGCUCUUCGUAGCCUAUCACUGCAGGCUGUACUUACUGCCCACUAACAUCGAAAGUUACAAAGCAAGUACGCAGGGCAUCUGGUGGAUGGAUCUGAUCGGAGACAUAGGCACACCCCGCGACAUCGUCUGUCCAGCAGUGGACGACAGCGACGGCAGCGUGUUUGCUAUGAGGGUGAUUCCUAUUGAAGGCUGCAAGUCCAACAAAGUUUCCCGCAUCCCGAACCUGGUAGUCCGCGUGGUGGCGCCGCUCUGCAUCCACAACCGCAUUCCGCACGCGUUGCUAGCGGCCGCCGCACCUGCGGUCCCCGGCGCGGCAGCGGGCGCGGUGAGCGUGCGGCUGGAAGCGGGGGAGCGCGCGCAUAUCUACACGCUGCCGCCGGGGCAGGCCGCUCGCCUCACCGUCGACGUGCACUGUCUGGGGCUACCCUGGACGGGCAAGUUUACUUAUUCACCUGAUAUGAAUGAGAAGACGAUAAGUAUGACGACGGAGUGCGAGACGGAGGGCGGCAACAAGCGGCUGGUAGUGAUGGCCCGCCUGCAAGACGCACCCACCAGGCGGCUGCUACUCUACGCGCCUUACUGGAUUAUUAACAAGACCGGACUCCCGCUCCAAAUUAAGGGUCGUUCUGACACUUGUUAUGAAGUGACGGAAGAACCGCUGCUCUGGUGCGAGGGAAAUAGCUCUAGAAGCAGUGCGAAUAAGGUCCGAAUUCGCGCACACCAGUCCAGUUGGUCGCGCCGCACCCGCCUGUGUGCGACCCCAGGGUUGCUCGUGUGCGCGCACAUUGAGCGACGCAUGCAGUACAGGAUACUUACGCAAGUUACAUUAUCCGAGCUAUCACCCCAACUCACGAAAAUCGUCACUUUGUUACCAUACUUUAUCGUCUUCAACGAUACCAAGAAACAUUUACGAUUCAUGGAAGAAAACGAGGCAGCAGAUCUUUGGAUAGACCUGGCCCCUCAGCAAUGUACAUCGUACUGGCCGCAAACCAACUCCAUGUUGAUGCACUGCAAGUAUCGGGAUUCUACGGUCGUAUCACAACACUUCCCAAUCGCGAAAAACCAUUUUACCGUGUUGAGGAUGGAUAAAGGAACAGCAAUUUGUGUGGACGUAACGGGCGGCACAGACCGACCGUUCACCAUUACGUUCAAGCCAUACCGCAGCGGCGACGCACCCGUGCGGUUCGACAACCUGUGCGACGACCUCUUUAUUAAACUACACCAGGUGGACUCAGGUCAAGUGGCUCUUCUGAGUCCAUAUCAGUCUAUGCUGUACACUUGGGACGACCCCGUCAAAGGAAGAGCGGUGCUGUGGAAUAUUUACAACAACAAGGCUAAGGGAUUUCCUGCAGACUUUUCACAGGACGGUUUCGGUGAGGAAAAAGUAUGUUUCCAAUUGGUGAAACAAAAUCUCGUUACUACGAGUAGUGUUACAUCCAAAUUAUCUUCAACUUUCAAAAGGCUCACGCCAAAGUCUCCCGAAGCGUACUCAUCCAGUAGUGACGACUCAGACUUUGAAGUAAUAGAACACAAACCGAAGAAGACCAGAAAAGACAAAGUAAUCGUCUAUUGGAUAUCAUAUAUGGAUGGAUACCAACGGGUUUUCGCACUGUUUCAAGAUGAAAGACUCGCCUAUCAAUACCGCACGAGUUUGUACUCCGAACGAAGUAAUUACGAAAUCUAUUUGGCUCUAUCGACCAUCAGUUUGUCCGUGUGUAUGCAAACUGAAAACGCUGUAAAAGAACUAUCCUAUAUCAGUAUCCACGACUCAUUGCCCCGUUGGGAAGUCAACGUCAGCAGUAAAUGGAAACAGCUUGCUCCAGAUCUCAACUCAUGGAUAGAGGAACGGUAUCAAAAUGAUCAGAAGAAGUGCCACCUUAAAGAAUAUGUUCAUAUAGACUUGGAGAAAAUGCAGAUGACUAAACCAUUCUUUUCUGAAUUGAGACGGACAUACAGCCCUGGUGUUUGGAUGCAAGUGCGAAAGUCGGACACGUACACGUAUUGUCAUCUUAAACUCCACAGGCUGCAAGUAGACAAUCAGCUCCAUGAUGCCGUAUUCCCUUGCGUAUUGUACUCGGCACCAUGUCCAGAUAAUCCAAGGCUGAAAAGAGAUAAGCCAUGUAUUGAAAUGUCUCUUCUGAAACAGUACCGACCGUCACUAAACCAGGACGUGUAUAAGCACCUUAAAGUAGUAGUGCAAGAAUUUGUACUGAAUUUGGAUAGAGGAUAUGUUAAUCAUGUUUUCCAUAUUUUGAACCACUGGAAGUUGGAUGAGAAGCCAGCAGUCAGAUUGAGAGCAGAUCUGGCGCUAGUUCACAUGCCUCUGCCAAUGAUUGCGCUAAAAAAUCAAACGACCGCCCAGAGGAAUGUUAUCUUUGAGUUCGUACAUUUAUCACCAAUAAAGCUAUUACUUAGCUUAUCAUCUCGAGGAUAUUCUGAUAGUUCUGGAAGCCCAACCCGUGGGAGUGGAAACAAGGAAAAUAGACCGAAGCUUUUUAAUAGCGAUCUUUUGGAGUAUCUCUUUAACUCGUGGGGUUCUUCUCUAUGUGAUAUGAAAGAUGUAUGUUUAAGAAUGAGUUACCUGGAGCUUCGCAACGCCCCCCUGCCGCUCUCCUCCUUCGUGGAAACCGCGCGCCGCCACUAUUGGAUUCAGCUGAUGCAGCAAUUCUACGUGCUUGUGCUGGGACUGAACAUCCUGGGCAACCCGUAUAGCUACAUCGGUGAUUUCACCAAGGAGUUGAGAAAUUAUUAUGAGCCGCAUUUGGGUGGAUGUUGUUCGUGGGGUGAGUUCGAUGGCUCAGUUAGUCGACAGUUGGCCGUGGACAUGCCGCAUACUACUCCUCACAAGACCACUCAGCAUGCCUUCGGUGUUCAUAGUGAGCUGCUAGAAGAUCUUCCAGCAGCUGUGCUGGAGGCCCUCAAGUCAAAUCCGGCGAGCGUCGCGCUAGCUGUCACCGGAACUAUGUCCCGCCCCACAUUUGAGGAAGAUAAUAAUACUAUUUUCAAAUGUAAGUACAGUUCAACGUAG